UUUAGUUUCUCCGUCUUAUCUAAGUAUUAUCUGUUUGUGGAUUGGGACAAACUGUUGUAACGCUUCGUUGACUGAGUCCCACUUGUAUCUGACCGGCCUUAACCUACGUAUCGGCUUAUUAGUCUUAAGUAAAAGUGCGUUGAUAUGGUUAACAAAUUUUUAAAGCUAAUUCACUGAGAUUAUCAGUGGGGAUAGUGUGCGGACUGUGUUUUGUCAAUUGUGGGGGAACUUAAAACUACCAUGAAACAUUAAGUGUGGUGGCUGUAGCUUGAUGUUCUAUGAGGCAAGUGGUGGGGUCAAAGGAACUGUCCGCCAUGUUUAAUCAUUGAAGCAAUGAACAAUGACUGUAUCAACGAAGUCUAGUGAAUCUCUCAUGCAUAUCGGUAACAAAUUUAGAUCAUACAACAUUCAAAACUCUGUCGAUAAUUUCAACAUACGAUUGAAACUAAUGUAGAAAGAGAAUCAAAACACAAAAGAAGAAAUGGAACGACUUCUUAAGGAAAAAGAUAACUUAACCCAGAGCAUCUCUGAAGUUGAAUGGGUAAAACUUUUGGUAAUAAAAGUCAGCCUGGCACUUCUCUUUGUAAGCGUUGCGGUCGCAGCCUUCUGUGCAUACAGUGUCGCAAAAGGGACCAACAACGACGUCGACGUCAACAACUACAUUAACGGAAUGAACUAUUCUCGUGACCUAAUAUUGGACUACAUUGGAGAAACAAACCUCAAAGUUCCAACAAGAAUAGAAAACAAGAUUGAUGACAAAAAUAACUAUAUCGUCACUACAAGGGAGAAGAAAUCUGAACAAAGUCAAGUGUCUAACAUUGGAAUAGUUUCUGUCAAUGAACACAGAACUUAUCCUGGAUCGUUGCUGCUGGCCAACCAGAGACUCGUGGACAACAACCCAGAUGUCUUGGCAGCUGCUCGUGCUCCCUUGACUUACACCGUAAAUCUGCCAGGAUUGACCAGUGACGGCCACUUCUCCAUUGAGCCAACCUUCGCCAACUACCAAUCAUUUAAAGAGAAGACCCUGGACACAUGGUUUGAUAAGUACUCAAAGGACCACAGCGUUGUUGCCAACUUCCAAAGUGAAUACAGGUUUGCUUACAGCCAGGAAUAUCUGAGAGUGAAAUUCGGUUUGGAGUUCAAGAACAGCCCAGUUGAAGCUAAUGUUGAUUUUAGUGCUAUGCAAAACCAAGAAAAACUCAUCAUGAUCCACAAGUUCAAACAAAUAUAUUACACUGUUAGUGUAGCGCCUACUGAGAAGCCCUCAGAUUGUUUUGCACGAUCAGUGACUGCUGCAGAACUGAAACAAAGGACAAAUAACACCGACCCUCCAGUUAUGGUGGACAGUGUCUCUUACGGCAGGACAAUAUACGUCAAAUUAGAGACAUCCUCGAUUGAUAAAGAGAUCAAAGACACUCUGGCUACCAAUGGACAGUUUCUUUACGACUUUAACACUGAAUCUGCAUCCAAAAUCAUGAGUAAGUUGAAGGACUUGACGAUGCAAGUGUUCGUCCUUGGUGGAAGCCCUGAGCAAAUUGAUUUGAUAAACGCCCGGACCUUCAAUGAUGUUAACAACGUUAUUGUAAAAUACGCAAAGUUCUCCAGCGAUAACUUGGGAUAUCCCAUCUCCUACUCGGCAAACUUCAUCAAAGAGAACUCCAGAGCUGUCGUGCACAUGUCUACUGAAUACAUCGAAACCACCAACACUGUAACAACCAGGGGUAUACUUAAGGUUGUCCACAAGGGGGCAUUCGUAAUGCAGUGGGCCAUCACUUGGAAGGAGGUGAACUACGACAAGAAUGGAAACAAGGUUUCUAAGAACGUCGAAUGGUCCAAGAACUGGAAUUCUUUGUCAGCUUAUUUCAGCGAGGAGAUUGAACUGCCUGGUAACGCUUGCGACAUCAACGUGUUUGCCAGGGAAUGUACUGGUCUAAUCUGGGAGUGGUGGCGCACAGUUAUUGACAGAAAGGGCAUAAAUCUGGUGAAGUCGAGAACUUUUACAGUCUGGGGAACAACUCUUUAUCCCGACUAUAAUAUAGAUCCUAUGGUAUAGAUAGUUUUUUUUUUUUAACUGUUACUUUAAUGGUUAACACGAAUAGCAAAGUCAUAUUUUAAAAUUUUAUCCUAGUAUUCAUCAUCGGGUAUUCAAUGUAAGUAGACAAUUUUGUUUUAUAGUUUUCAAACUUGAAUUGAAUUAAUAAAUUCAAUUGUUAUGUAACCUUUUAAAGGUAGAAAAAUAAAAUAUAUUACAUAAUAACCCUACAAGUAGUAAUACAAAAUUCACACUUAAGGAUUAGUGUGAACGAAAAACUUAUUGAUAAGGAAUACCAUAUCUUUUUAACUUACAUUGUACAAAAAAAAAACAAUUGUUAUUUUAUUAACUACAUUAUCGGGCAAAUCGAUGAUAAUAUUUCGAAAGAUUUGCCUUUUGUUUUGUAGAUAUACUAAAGCAUUCAGCCUUUAAUUAAAUCACGUACUCUGUGUUACCAGACUACUUAAUUUCCAAUAACGUUAUGCCGAUAUUAGGCCUACUUUUAAGUGAUCACUAGCCAAAACUUCGUACAGGAGUAUUUAUCAACUAGGACUUGUAUAAAUUUGUUGAAGAAGGACAUUUUCUUGUUAAUUUUUUAACAAACGUGUUAACCCGUGAAUGUUACCACAUUCGUUGUCGGGUACAGCGAAGUAUAACUAUGGCAUAGGAAAGUAUAGGAAGUAUAGGAAUGGUUUGAGCAUAAAUACUAGGAAUGAAAUUUAUUAUGAUAGUAAAACUAA